GCCCGGCGCGGGUCAGUCGGCCCGGACGGUACCGGGCGGUACCGGCAUGGGGCUGCCGACAGCCGUGCGGGACCGCGUAGCUGCGGUGCACCGGGGCUCAGCGCUGCCCGAACGGCUGCGGCUCUACGACGGCUGGGCCGCCCGCUACGAGCAGGAUGUGGCGGCUCUGGAGUACCGGGCACCGUAUCUCGCCGCCGCCUCGCUCGCCUUCGCCUUCCCCGCGCCGCGUGCGGAGGCGCGGCUGCUCGACGUGGCCUGUGGCACCGGGCUCGUAGCGCGGGAGCUCCACCGGCGCGGGUUCCGCUGCGUGGACGGCGUGGACGGCAGCGCGGGGAUGCUGGAGCGGGCGCGGAGCACCGGGCUCUACCGGGAGCUGCGGCUCUGCGUCCUGGGCAGGGAGCCGCUGCCCGCGCCCGCAGAGCACUACGACGCCGUGACGGUGGUGGGGGCCCUGGGCGAGGGCCAGGUGCCGAGCACGGUGCUGCCGGAGCUGCUGCGGGUCACCAAGCCGGGCGGUUUCCUGUGCCUGACGACGAGGAGCAACCCCUCGAACCUGCGGUACAAGGCGGAGCUGGAGGCAGCGCUGGGGCAGCUGGAGCAGAGGGGAGCCUGGCAGAAGCUGCAGGUUCAGGAAGUGGAGUACUGGGAGAGGGCCACCUCCGAGGAGGAGAGCACCCAGGGCACUGGCUACAUCUCUGGGGUGGUCUACAUCUACCAGAAGUGCCCUGUUCCCAACCUCGAGGAGGGCUGAGAGCUAGCAUGGCUCUGGAGGGGGGGUGAGCACUUGACCCUUUGUAAAACAGAGCCCAGUGGCCCCCUCCUGCAGCAGGGCAGCUGCUGGGGGUGACAAUAUUCUGGGGGAAUUUCCCCAUUCCCUUCCUUGGUCCCUUCUCACCGAGGUCUGGGCUUGGUUGGGGCCCUUGUCUGCUGCACAGCAUGGGGAGGGUUUCUGGACUCACCAGGGUCUCCUGUGUGCCACCUUUAGCUCUGACAUUUAGAUAUUGACCCCAACACCUCACCGUUCACCAUGGCAUCUCACAGACCCACAUGGCUGUUCUGAGGCAUGUCCAGUCUGGGAUGUCCUCUGCCCACCUUCCCCAUCUCAGCACUCAUGGUCAAAUCUGGAUCCUUCUCCAUCUCCUACCCCCAGAGUCAUUAGCUGGGGGCUGCUGGAGGUCGGUCCCCACUGCUGUGUCCUGUGGCCUCUCCUCCUCCCUGGGGACCGAGCCAGCCCUGAGGUGCAGGAGCCUCCACGUCCAGAGUCAAAACAGCAAUGCCA